UAGCAUAUGCCGACUGGCAUCGAUACCAAGUAUUUAUCAAUCAUUACAUACAACCCUGUUGUGAAUCUAACAGAAAACUACUGUACUUAACGAACAAUUUGGCCACACUGCAUGGCAGCAUAAAUACAAACGGCGUUUUUAAUUAAUUUUUAUUGCAUUCCUUAAAUAUACACAAAACUGUUAACAAAAUGAACAACUUAGAACCGGGUGUUGAAAUGUUUGCACCAGAAACAAUCCUGAAAACAGACGGCGAAGGCGAAGACAGUCCGACAGGCAAGAAAGAGCUGUCAGCGAAGGAGGAGGAUGAACUCAUCUCAAUGGAAACGUUACGAGAAUCUCCAGUGCAAUGGCCAGAGCGCUUUCCGGGCAUGGAUGAUUUCAUGAACAUGAGCAAUACACCGAUCCACCAGCCAAGCGGUGAUUACUCCCCAGGUGUGUCCAACAUGGAUGCAGCGCAAAUUAAUCAGCUGGCAAGUCUGACGCCCGAUCAACUGAUCGAGAAGAUUAAGUCUAUGCAGGAUGAAGUUUAUCAGUUAGGAUUGCGGGAAUCCAAGGAAAUGACACGCGGCAAGUUGCUGGGCAUCUUUGAUCGCAUGGCCAAGUCGAAGAAGUGAGCGGGGGGAGCAAGGUUAGAUGCCAUAAUUACCGCGUAGUUUUUGUUAGCUUAGCAAGUAGUCUAUUUUUAUGGAUAUGUUUUUUGUAAUAAAUGCGAUAAUGAGAAUC